AACGGCGAUGUGAAACCCUCAUCGUUUUACUGGUGUUUUUCCUCCCGAGAAGACCUGGUGGGAUCUUGGUUGGGCAUUGCUCUAAAAUGGCCAGCUUAGUCGCUAAGGACUCUUACUUGCAGACGCUGGCUAAGAAGAUUUGCACCCAGGAAGUCCAUGAACCGCGGAAAAGGAAAUUUGGACUUCCAGGAAACAGGCUGAGGGAUGACGAGAGCGCUCAGCGCAGCAAGAAGAAGAAAAAGAAAGGAAAGAAUUUGAAGAAGAAAAAUCCUACGAUGGGCAAAUUCAGCCAAGCUUCCCCAGCCAAACCAGCAGGCUCAGAUGUUAAGAAGCCGGGGUCAGUUACUCAAAUCACAGCUGGUGCCAGCGGUGAGGAAGGAAAUGGAAAAGAAGCUUCUGUAACACCUGGUGUUACAGGGAGGAAGAGUGCACCUGGCACAAGUUUUGCAAUGGAUUUCUUGCGGCAAAGGCUGCACAACAAAAUUCAAGAAUUGAAGGGAAAUUCCAAAGCUCUGUCACCCGCUGUGCUGGAGAAACGCCAGCGAAGGAAAUAUGAGCGAGAGAGAAAGAAACGACGGAGGAAAGAGAUAAAGAUGAAGGAGACAUUAGAGAAGAAAACAGCAGAAGAGGCGUUGGCUGCCGUGGUUUCGGAGACCCAGCCAGUGGACAGCAAGGCUGAGAUCUUGUUUAAUAGGGUGGAGGCCUGCACAGAAGAGGAGCUUGACAAAGCGAAGAGAAAGGAAGAGAAAAAAAAAGCUAUCAAAGGCAACAUAACGCCACUGACUGGGAAGAAUUAUAAGCAACUCUUGAGCCGGUUGGAGUCUCAGAAGGCCAAGUUGGAAGAGCUGAAGGCCCAAGACGAGGAGAAAGCCAAGAAGUUGGAGGUCAAGAUGCAGUGGACAAAUGUCCUCUACAAGGCGGAAGGUGUGAAGAUCCGGGAUGAUGAGGAAAAGCUGAAGGCAGCCCUCAAACGCAAGGAGAAGCGGAAGGCCCAGCGUCAGAGGCAGUGGGAAAAGCGGACGGAGCAGGUGGCCGAGAGGAUGCAGCAACGGCAGGAGAGACGCCGCAAGAACCUCCAGCAGAAGAAAUGCGCCAAAAUCGAGAGGAAGAAAGCCAAAGCUCGGAAGAAAGGCCGCAUCCUGCCCGAGGAUCUCAAGAAAGCCAGCCCUAACUGAAACUGAGUUUUAACCCGGUCUGGGGUGAAUGAACAAUUUUGUGGGUUUUAGGGAAUCUGCAGAAAUCUCGCUCCAAUCUGAUGGGGGCAUGGAGGCGAUGCAACCAAGUCUGUUCGGGGUCAACCCUUGGGUGGAGAAGGACCUCAAGGGUGGAAGGUGUUUCUUUCUGAAGUCUCUCAACCAAUGUUGAGUCACCGGAUUGCCUCUUUCCAGGUUUUGCCUAUCAGAUUACCCUUCCCUGUUUUGGGGAGUGGGACUGAAGUCCUGUGAAGUAGAAUCAUGGAGCGGGAGGAUGAAAUGUAUCACCUUAAUCUUGGGAACAAAUUGAAGCAAGGAAGGGAUUAUUAAAAAUUCUACCCUGGUUGCAUUCUCAGCUUGGUUGUUGAUUUAACCCAUUGUUUGA